AUGCGAGCACUAUUUUUGCUCUAUUAUUUAAUUGUUCAAGUAACGAUUAUAUGUGGUAUUAAUCAAUAUUUGGGUUGUUUUAUCGAUCAUAUUGACAAUCAUGAUCUUGAAGUAUUUAUUGGUAAUUAUAAAUACUUAACUUCUAAACAAUGUAUUGUUGCUUGUCAAAAACAAAAUUAUCAGUAUGCAGCAAUACAAUAUGGUAAUGAGUGUCGUUGUGGACAACAAUAUGGAAAAUAUGGUCAAGUAUCAGACGAUCAAUGCCAUUAUUUAUGUAUAACAUCUGAAAAAUGUGGCGGUGAUAAUCGAAAUAGUGUUUAUAAUGUUAUUAACUCGAUUGAUUUAUCUACAACAGAUUCGACAUGUUUGAAUACUAUAGUUGGUUAUCAAGGUUGUUUUGAUGAUAUAACCUUAGAUAUAAUGAUGGGUGUUGUGAACUCGAUUGAAGAAUGUAUUUCACAGUGUGCUACGAGCUAUAAUUAUGCAGGCAUAAUCAAUGGUAAUUUAUGUCGUUGUGGAAAUUAUUUAAAUCAACUAGCUGUGAAUUCUAUUCUAUGCAAUAUUUCAUGUAAUAGAAAUUUAAAUGAUAUGACAAUUGAUUGUUGUGGUGGUUUGCAUGCACUCAGUAUUUAUAAUGUUAAAAAUUAUCAAUAUUCUUUAGCUGAAGAUUUAUCUGAAGCACAUAUCCGAGGUGUAGAACCGAGAUCAGAAACUAUAAUGACAUCAUCAGAUACCAGUGUUACAAAUUCAACAACGUUCAUAACAUCACCUACAAAUCCAUCAACAAUAUCAUCUCUAAGUGAUACUAAUACUUUAUCAACGAAUAGCAAUAAUAAUAGUCCAUCGAAUAAUGAAAUAACAAGUACUUCAGAUUCUCUACAUAUUGGAACUGAUAUGAGCUCAAUGACAAGUUCAUUAUCAACUUUGACGUACUCUAACAUGACUUCAUCAGUAACAUCUUUAGAUACAACUGUAACGACAUUGGUUUCGUCUACUACUGGUAUUGGUGAAUCAUCUAUUUCCACUCAAUCCUCAUCAUUAACGUCAAUCAUGCCAUCUACGACAUCGUUAUCAUCAACAAACACUUCUGAUAGCAUCAGCGCGACUCCAAUACUGACUGAGUCUUCAAUGUUCACAGUUCUUAGCACGACCUCAACGAGUAUUAUCCAAACUGAUUCACAAUUUCUUUCCACCGUAGAUACUUCAACAAAUACUCAGCAGUCUACCAUAAAUUUGAUGACGAGCACAAUGGUUUCAUCCGAAUACAUUUCAAUGCCAGCAAGUCCACUCGACACUAGUACGUCUAUGUCACACUCUACAGACUCAGUAUCGACGAUUACUAGUGUAACGGCUAUUACUGUUUCGACAGCUCAAUCAUCAUCACACACGGAUACAUCUCCAACUACCAUUAUCAAUGUAUCAUCUUCAUCUUCAUCUUCACACAUGAACACUGGUGAAACAAUUAAUAGUGAAACAGUACAUUCUACUACAGUAAUGUCAACUCAAUCAUUGAUGAAUACAGAUACAUCGGAAACAAUAAUUACCAGUCUAUCCUCUUCGUUUGCAAAUACGACCACGUAUCAGACUAUCAGCGACACUGAAGCAUACACUAAUAAUGCUACAUCAACUUCACCUAUUACAUUCACAGCUCCAUCGUCUUCAAAUACAUAUAUUUCGCAAGAAACAAACAUCCAUAUAUCUUCCUCGACGAACAUGGAUGCAUCACAGACAGCUAGUAGUGCAGCUACAAAUACUGAGAUGCUAUCUGCUUCAGCCGUUACAUUUACAAACCAGCCAUCUGCAUCGCUACACAUAAGUACAAGUGACAAUGUUGAAAGCACAACAAUCAAUACCGCUUCUGUAACACAACCUUCCUAUGCAACAUUCACAAGUGAAUCAUUUUCUCACACUGAUAUAUCACAACAAACAAGUACUGACACAUCAUCGUCACUACCUACAGCCACUUCGAUACCUGUUACAUUUUUAACGAUUACAAGUUCAUCGUUACCAAGUACCGAGGUAUCACAAGGAACAAGUAACGGCAUUUCGUCGUCAGCACACUUAGACACAAGUGAAACAUUUAGUAGCACGUCCCUGAAUUAUAUCGUUACGACAUCUUUUUUUCUUUCAACAGCAAUUGAUUCAUCAGUAUCACCAACAUCAGUUACCCAUACAUCAUCCUCAUCGUUGGAUACGGAUACAAGCCGAACAAUUGACAACACUGCAGAAAACACAGCUACUGCGACACAAAUUUCAUCUAUUUCAUUCUCAAGUCAGCCAUCGUUGCAUACAAGUAUCUCACAAGAAACUAGCUCUGACACGUCCUCCUUACAGCAUACGGAUAUAAGUCAAUCAACUGCCAGCAUAACAAUCCAUACUGCUACUCUUCCAUCUAUUUCACCUUUCAUAUCAUCAAGUCAGUUAUCCUCACUAACAGGAAUCUCACAAGAAACUGUUUCUAGUACAUAUUUUUCACCACAAACGGAAACAAGUCAAUCAGCUGGUAGCACAAUAAUAAAUACUGUUACUCUUGAAUCAAUCUCACCGAUUACGUUGUCCAGUCAAUCAUCACUACAUACAAGUGUCUCACAAGAAGCCAGUUCUGGCAUAUCUUUCUCGACACAAACGGAAACAAGUCAAUCAGCUGGUAGCACAACAAUAAAUACUGCUACUCUUGAAUCAAUCUCACCCAUUACGUUGUCCAGCCAACCAUCAUCACAAACAGGUAUCUCACAAGAAACAAGCUCUGGCACAUCUUUCUCGACAGGAACGGAAACAAGUCAAUCAAGUGGCAGUACAACAAUUAAUACUGCUACUCUUGAAUCAAUCUCACCCAUUACGUUGUCCAGCCAACCAUCAUCACAAACAGGUAUCUCACAAGAAACAAGCUCUGGCACAUCUUUCUCGGCAGGAACGGAAACAAGUCAAUCAAGUGGCAGUACAACAAUUAAUACCGAAACUAUUGCAUCAAUCUCACAUAUUACGUUGCCCAGCCAAUCAUCGUCAUAUACAGGUAUCUCACAAGAAACUGCCAGUAGUAUAUUUUCUUCGUCGAGCACGGAUACAAGUCAAACAAUUAGUAGUAGCUCAACAGCAAGUACAGCGACUGUGGCAUCACAUUCGUUCACUAUGAUCAGUGCUGAAACGUCUUCAUACACAGAUGCUACUAUUACUCUGAGUUCAAACAGUGCCGCUUCAAUCAGUAGUUCAGCGUCGUCAAAUAUAAUUGGCAGCAGUCAUUCAUUCAACACUGAGACUGUAGGUAGCUUCACAUCAACCUUAAUGACGAUAACUAAUACUAUGGAACAAUCAAUGCCUUCAUCUCAAGCAAUAUCAACUGCUUCCGUAUUUUCGACUUCGAUUCCAUCGACUUCUUCUGUUAGCGAAGCAACCAGCUUGUCAUCAGGCUCCUCUACAUUUAUGAGUAUUGGAUCUCAGAGCAGUUCGAAUAUAUUAUCAACACAGUAUCAAUCGACAUAUCCUAGCCAAUCUGCAACGUCUGUUAGCGAAGGAAUUAGUGCAACAGUAACAUCUAUUAUACAAACCCAAGGUUCAUCAACAAUUACAGGUUCUUCAGUAACAGAUACAACACAGAGUGGAUUAUCAAGCAGCAUAUCAGUUUUGAGUAGUUCUUCAAAUGUUGAAACACAAGCAACAGUUACAAGUCUCCCAUCAUCUUCGUAUUCAGAAAUAAGUGUACAAACAGCAACUUCAACUCAAUCAGCUAUCACUACAGCAACCCUUUUUACACAAUCGACAGCCAUUGAAACAAGUACCGCUACAUUAACAAGCUUCUUCAGUACUACCUUAACUUCAAGUGCUAUUGGAAAUGUAACAGUUGUCAGUAGUACACCAACGUCUACCGUUGCAGUUACCACUGAAGUGACUCUGACGUCUAGUGCAAGUAGUUCAAAUGUAGUCACAGCAACAACAAUAUCUCAAACGAUUACUUCUACAUUAACCACUGUUAAUACAACAAAUACAACAAUUACAACUGCUUUUACUUCACAAACAUCAAGUAGUACGAAUGUCACCACAUCUACAAAUACUUCAACUACAACCACACUUCUACCAACAUAUUUGAUAUUUACAGAUUUCCGAGUACCUAGCACAAAACCUUUCGAUCGAAAUAAUAAAACUCACGAAGAAGAACUUCGACAAGGAUUAUUUGCCGUUAUAAAUUUGGGCUUUCUAUGUUUCAAUAAUCCAUCCAAUUCAGAAUGUUUACAAUCAUCACGACGUAAACGUCAGACAGUUCAGAAUUAUCUUAUUCAAAUAAUUUCUAUAGUUUUGCUUUCUGAUCCUAACACUUUUCCGAAAACAUAUAGGGUAUAUUAUACGGUGACUAGUUCAACAAAUAAUGCAGUAUCAGCUACUGCUGUUAAAAUAGCCACUGACACACUAACAGAAAAUCAAAGAAGCAGUUUAUUGGGUUUUCCAAUUGUCGGUGAUUUUAUACAAAGUCCAAGUAUUUUGCCUGAAGUGUCAACUCCAACAACUGAUAAUAAAUUAUGGAUAAUCGGUGCUGUUCUUGGACCUAUAGCGUUUGUUUUAUUACUUAUUGGUUUAUCUUAUUUUAUUUAUUCUAAAUGUCAGAAACGAGGAAAUAAUCAAAGCACUGCUGAAGCUUUUUACAAUGUUCCACAAACAUCAUCUCGAGCAUUAAAUUAUGCAACAACUUCCAAUGAAUUUACACGAGGACAAGCAACACCUCUUAAUAAUCCUCGUGUAUUAACUCAAAAUGAUGUUUUAGCUGGUAAUACGAUAUCAUCAAGACGAUCACCACCGAUUGAAUUACAAAGAACUUCAAAUAAUAUUUCACAAUAUCCUGUGUCAGUUGAUAUACCAAUGCAAGAAAUGCGUCAUCAUAGUGAUGCUGAACAUUGGAGAAAUAAACUUCGUUUACAAGAAAAAUUUGAACAACGUUAUGCUGAUCCAUUAAAUGAUCUUGACCAAGUUUAUAACUUAUCUGUACCAAGAACAACAUCAUCAGCUACAAAUCGUUCUCGUACGUAUCAAUAUAAUAAUCCAGUUUUUCAAUCUCAUCUUCCAAAUGCUUCUAUUCCACCAAAUAAUGAUACGAAUAUGUAUGAACAAACUCCAUCAACACAAGCAAUACGUCGUACACCGCAACCAUCUGAUACUGAAGCAGGACGAACAAGAUUACAUCGUUUAUUAGAUGAAGUACUUGAUCAAGCUGAACCAAAUCAACCAUAUACUACAGAUUCUAUAAAUGAACAACAAAGACAACGUCGACAACGACGUCGUAGUCAUUCAACAUCUUAUGAUCCAAGAAACUCACGUAUUAUCAAUGAUAAUGAACAAAUUUAUCAUACACCUAUUAUACCACAAGUAUCUGAACGUCCUGAUCCUAAUCUUAUACGUCUUUAUUAUGAUCCAUAUGAAGCUGGUGAUCGUACACAUGGUAUUGAACAUUCUAUGCCUGCUGUAUUUAAACCUAAAUAUCCAUCAGAUGAUAAUGAUAUUAGAAAACAUUAUUCUGUAUCACCUUUUCAUCCAAAACCACCGUCAUUAUAUGAUGAUUCAACAUUAAUGGACCGAGAAAGAACAACAACGAUGGAGCCUUAUGAUACUCCAAGACGUGAAGCUCGUAUACGUAUUGAAACUGAUCGCGAAUUUAUGAUGCGUCCUAAUCGUGAUCAUAUUGGACAACGUCAACAUAGAUUUGACAAUGAUGCUGUUUAUAUUGAUACAAUACCUAAAAAUCGAAAUGGUAUACGAGUACAAAUACACAGUGAAUGGACACCAAGACACAAUAAUAAUGAUGAAUUCUUUCAUUUAAAUCAAUCAGAUUUAAAUAAACGUAAUGAUUAUCAUGAUGAAUAUAUGUUGGCUAAACAAGGUGUUGUAAAUACGAAAAAUUUAGUAUCUGCUAUACAUGAUGAUUUACAACAAAUUGUUUCUGAUCCAUCAUCUGAUAGUCAUUAUAUGUGA